AUGCGUGCGCAGAUUCAGGCGUUGACCACUCAACUUGCCGAGCUGCAGGCAAACCCCCCUGCGGCAACCCCCUCGGUAGAGAAAAAGUUCAACAAGAAAGUUGAAGUCGUCGCUGACCCUGGCACCUUUGAAGGAAACAGAGCGCAAUUUGCCGAAUGGUGGAUCAAACUCCAGAUUUGGGAGUGCUACACUGCGGGAGUGUGGCCCACCUGGGACGAUCUCGAAGUAGAGAUCAAAAAAUAUUUCAAACCGCAAGCUGAGCGCAACUGGGCGCGUCAGCAAAUCUGUUCCUUCAAACAAGGCAACAUGAGGACGGAUGAUUUUGUAACCCAGUUCCUGGCCCUCUCCAUCCAAGGGGGCCUUGGUUAUGAACAUGCAGUAGAGCUGCUGGAACGCAAUGUGAACCCCCACAUUGCAGAACAGCUUUAUCUGCAGGAUAUGAGAAACGAGAACCUCUCUCAAGCAGCAGAGGAGGUUCGAAAAAUAGGUAGGGCCAUAGAGCUCUACAAAAUGCACCAAGGUGGCGAGACCACCAAAAACAACACACCCCAGAGGCGCCCUGGGUCAUCAAACCAACAUAAUCAUUCUCACGGGUUCAAGCUGUUCGGGCUGCAACCAGGGCAGGGAGCCCCUAUGGAUAUUGGCGCGGUCCAAGGAGGACAGAUGCGCAGAUUCAAAGGGAACUGCUAUAUUUGCGGCCAAGAGGGACACAUGUCCCGGGAUUGCAGAAACGGGGCGCGCCAAUUAGAAUCCGAAAAACCAGACAAUUGGCUCCAGACUCUGGCCGGUCGUUCGUACGAUGAAAUCUGGGCCUUUUUCUACGAUCAGCAGGCUGCUGAAAUGAAGGCUCAGGGAAAAGAGUUCGGAGCUUAG